AGGACCGGCGGGUAAUUGGUAAGCUAGUUAACCGGGCGAGGUUAGGGUACAAUCGGUACCAAAAAGGUAAAAUGUGGGAGAACUGCAUCCCCUGUAUAUAAAAAUGGCUUCUUGAAGACAUGUCUGAAUUUAAGAAUGAAUGGCCCAAACUACUUGGCUGAAAAUGCAUUUAUAUACUCCGGAAUCUGAUGGUUCGACCUGAUCGCGGAUUUGGUUUGGCCGAUAGAUUUUGCAACUGCAUUACCAGGCACAUCGGCAAGUACAUAAUGUUCAUCACUUACCGAUCCCUUUUAUCAUAUAGGUUGAUAGUUUGAAUCAAAAAUUCAUUGUUGUAUGUACAGUGUCAAGGCCGCAUUGUUGAGGUCCCUUUUUGAUCAAAUAAUAACACAGAUUGCGCCUAGGCAUAACAUAGAAGCAAACGUACCAACUGCCCUCUGUUAUAAUUAGGAUAUUUUCCGGCUACGAGUGACUCAAGGAAGCUACGUACACUAUACGAAGGGAUACAGUCGUAUGUUUUCGGCUGAUUGAAAACCUGCUCCGGACCGGACGCUGUGGUGUGACCGGGAUAAUCGUAUUUUGGCCAUGGGAGAUCAAAGGCCUCUCAGAGUUCUGCACAGUCCACUCAUUGAAGAGCGCUGAUAAUUGACUUUAGGGCUGUGGCUAGCUUCUGAGUAUCACUGAUUCUUAAUUACCUGCCAUUUCUAAGAGUUGGGCAUGGUAGGCUGAUCAUUUUCUACUUCAGUGGCUUGGACAGUUAGGAUCCUAUAACGAAUUUUUAUCCCUCUUUGUGAGUUUAUUACCACUAGUUCGGGACUAUCAAGAACCUCUGCAAAAUGUAUCAAAAAACUGCUCAUACUGGAAAAAAGCCCAAAUACUUCAAACUGGUGGGUGAAUAACUGAAGGAAACUCAUCCAAAAAGCAAAACACAGCAGGCUUUGGCAUGAAAGCACGUAAGGUAUCAGUAAUCUGACCCGAGAUGAAAUCGUCCCAUUUUCACAGUGAGAGCUUCCAAGUAUGCAUAUUUUUAAGUCCUGCUGUUUGAUGAAUUCACUGUAAUAUUUUCGCCUCAUAUGGUGGGGACUGGAUGUAUUUCGUUAGGUUCAGUGACAGUCCCCUUUCUACGUUCACCUUUCAGUAGUUAUGGACGGUUGUUGGCACUUCCUGACAGAAAUUAUCUGGUGCAAGUGAGAUAGCCUUUAUCAGCAUGACAUUUAAUUUUGCAACGUACACACUCAUUUGAUAAUAUUGUUUCCUCCCUAGUGAUUAGACAGGUAUACUCCGAUUGCUGAAUAGAUUCAAACUUUGUUCUUCAUACAAAAUACCUUGACAAGUAUAUACCUUAUUGGUUUGUUGGAAAUGCUUUGUGCGUAUAAAUCAAGUUUACAAAUUUAACACUUCACUUAGUACCCUAAUAUGUCUGAGGGUUAUGGAACUACACCGACAGGUUAAGCGUCUCGGUCAGUUGUAACGCAAACAUAAAAUAUUGUGUCACUUUGAUAUUACUUUAGUGUGAAGAAAGGAUGGUGAAUGAAAACGGGUGAAACUCAUAAACAAUUUGUAUGUGCUGUGAAGUGAUAUUUUCCUGUUCUUUUCAUAACUUGCGGACACGUUCAACAUUGUGGUAAACUUUAAUGUCCCCCCUUCUAUGUUACUCAGGUCAGCUGAAGUGUCGAAUAUUUCUCCACCGCCAUCAAUUGGACGGUGCCUGUACACUGAACUAUUUCAUGUCAAACUCCCAAUUUGAAAAUAGAAUAUUUAUUUAAUUAUUUACCUAUUUAUUUACAAUGAUUGUCCUCACGUUUCACUGUGAGGGUUAUUAACAAGACUACGGACGACGAACAAAGUCGUGCGGAGCAAUGACCUGGACACAACCCAUAAUGCAAGAAAAACUGUGAAGGCUUCAUGAAAAGGAUUAUGCAAAGAACACGCAAAAUCACAUUUUCGGUGAAAACUUUGGAGCUAAAAGUUCUAACGGGUCCAAUGCCCCAUGGUUGACGCGCUCUUUUCUACAUAGUCUGUGUAUAAUCCCCUUGGAGACUAAAGAAAGUCUUUAAAAAUCACAGCAACCAUUUAUAAAUACUUUUGUGAUGAAAAAGUGUGAGACGUUGUCACAGUUGUUGUACGAGUUCAAAUGUUAUGGAUGCCCUGUGUAACGCUGCACCCAUUUGUUGAGCAUUCGUAAACCAUCCGUCCAGUCGGUGACCCAAACUCAGAUAAGCACGCUAAGAAGAAUUUAAGGCACACCUCAGCCUGUUGGUCACUCUCAGUUUAUCAAUGGGUCAAAAUAAGGGUGGAAGUGUAGUCGGCUCUGUUUCUCAAAAAUUAGGCCCAGUUACUGCGGACCGUGGUGACUAGUGAUUUUAUGUUUCCUUCGUUCCCUUUAGAACCUCAUACAAAGGUGAGCCGGAAAGGAAACCCCGUACACAAGAUUGAAAUCCAACAGCGUGGAGAAAUGACCUGAUGGGCCUCCAGUUUGUCAGUUUCGCAACGCAAAUAUUCCAUUUUGAUGAUUUUUAAGAACAGCGACUGGAGUCAGGCAGAGAAACGAGGUUCUAUCACCUGAAAAGAACUCGCCUCCUACGAAGAAGGAAGGAAUGGCUUCAGGUUAAGGAAAACUCAUUCUAAGUUCGCACGGGGAAAGUAUGCUCACUCCACCGAAAGCUGUACUGAAAGCGUUGUCCAGUAUCUCACCGAAGGCCAGGCCACCCCCGAUCUCAAUGAGCGGCAGUGCACGGUGCGAUCGAAAAACCUGGUUUCAUCUCAUCAUCAAACCACAGUAAACAGUCACGAAAAGCUUCUUACUCAAGUAAUUCAUCACUAAGAGGGGUGAAAAUGAUUCAGAGAUCAACUUGACACUUUCAUAGAUUUAUAGGCCGAUAUAUUGCUAAAGUCAACAUUUUUAAGUUCGAAAACCUUUGAAACAGGUUCUGAUCUUCAUGGUUCUAAGGAUAUACAAUCUGUGACUGAAAGCCGAGAUGGAGUUUGUUCUCGGUUUCCGGUCCGUAGGUACGAAACGGGUGCAGGGAUUUAAUGGUUGGUAUGCGAACUUACCAAGAACCCGUUCGUGACAUGUUCACACCACUUCCUCAUCGGUUUAUUCUCGCCAAUUUGCUUGCCAUCUGAACACAUGAUUUCUUUCCGGAUGUUAAUCUCAAUAAACCAGUAGAAACAGCCACUGCGGAAGUGCGUAGGCGAUAAAAGCCCUUCGAGGAACUGUCAAGAUUUUCAACGGCCUUCCGUAUGCUGACCAGGUCGAGUAAAAUACAUAAACUGUGUGACUGAGACGUGAACCUGUGCCACAAAACCGAUAACACAUCGUACGAUGAAAUACGCCAAGGAAUGAGCACAGGAAAAAACGCUACAACAAGGACUACAUAAAUUGACAAACAGGAGAAAAUGACUGUCAAAAAACGCAGACAACGAGCGAAGCCAUCCAUCAAAAAAAUUAACAGAGAAGAAAGAAAAAACCACAGAAACAAUGAUCGAAAAGAGGCUGAAAAAAGCUGCGCCGCACAGAAAGGUCUCAAAAUGCAAAGGCCUACAAGCAUUCCAUGGAGGUGAAGAGCAGGUUCUCACUGUUUCUGGACGAUGCGCUGAGUAGUGAGGAUCCAGACAUUCUGCUAUCUAAGUUGCAAACCAAACGGACUGAGAAGACCAAGAAGGAGAAGUCUCACGUGCAGCAGCAACAACAACAGCAGGCCACACCUGUGAAAGUCGACACAGUAAUCAAGAAUGAGACGAAAGUUGAUUCAGCAGUCCCGAAAGCUGCACCUCAACCGUCCAAGUCCCCUGGCUCCACAGAGAUACCCCGAGUGCCCCCAGAGGACAUGCAGAACUAUGCUGCUAAGGAGGCAGAGGAACCAGUUAGUACUUUUUCGCGUGGUCGUGGCUUGGGCAGGGGGGCACCUCGAGGGAUGCGUGCAGGAAGAGGUCAGGGACCACGUAUGCUCCCAACAGAAACACCUCCCGACUUCGCUGGUGACCUGAAUACAUCUAGAGGGACGGGUUUUGAUUCGAGAGGGCGUGGGAGAGGCAGAGGAAGAGCAACGUAUGGCCGGGGUCGUGGCAUGCCGUUCAACUCAAGUCGCGAAUUCGACCAUCAGAAUGGUCCUGAUCGCCAGGGUCCAAGACAAUAUGGUAGGAGAGAUGGAAACUGGAACCCACAAGAGGCUGACGGACAAGCAGCACCUGAGGGUGGUGAUGCAGAGCAGGCUGUACGUUUGUCAGAAGAUCAAACUGCAGUCGGAGACGGGUUGGAACGUCCACAACCGGAGGCUGAAGAAGAGGCGAAUGGUGCUACAGAGACACCCGUGGAGGAGGAACCCAAGAGCUACACUCUGAGUAACUUGUCUUGGUGA